CCGGUAGGGCGUGGAUUUUGCGUCUCCAUGGUAACGGGAGAUGGGGCGACUUACCUACUGAACCUACUUCGAGACCCUUAGCCUCUGCUUUUCCGGGGAUUGGAGACUAUCCACACUAACCUUUUAAAAAUUGAAUGUAAUCAAUCAGCAUUUGAAAAAUUUGCUGAAAGGUGGAGACAUGAGGCUGAAGAUAUCUCUUUUAAAAGAACCGAAGCAUCAAGAAUUAGUAAGCUGUGUGGGCUGGACUACUGCUGAAGAACUGUAUUCAUGUAGUGAUGAUCACCAGAUAGUGAAGUGGAACCUGUUAACCAGUGAAACAAGUCAAAUAGUAAAACUUCCUGAUGAUAUUUACCCAAUAGAUCUUCACUGGUUUCCAAAAAGUUUAGGCAAAAAGAAACAGACUCAAGCAGAAAGCUUCGUCCUCACAAGUUCUGAUGGUAAAUUUCAUCUGAUUUCUAAGUUAGGAAGAGUGGAAAAAAGUGUAGAAGCUCACUGUGGUGCUGUCCUUGCAGGAAGAUGGAAUUAUGAAGGGACAGCUUUGGUUACUGUCGGAGAAGAUGGGCAAGUAAAAAUUUGGUCAAAGACUGGAAUGCUAAGAUCAACUUUAGCUCAACAAGGAGCACCAGUGUAUUCAGUAGCGUGGGGCCCUGAUUCUGAAAAAGUUCUUUAUACUGCAGGCAAGCAACUGAUCAUUAAACCUCUUCAACCAAAUGCUAAAGUUUUACAGUGGAAAGCUCACGAUGGCAUUAUUUUAAAAGUAGAUUGGAAUUCAGUCAAUGAUCUUAUUUUAUCUGCUGGAGAAGACUGUAAAUAUAAGGUUUGGGAUAGUUAUGGCCGCCCUCUGUACAAUUCACAACCUCAUGAACAUCCUAUUACCUCAGUUGCCUGGGCUCCAGAUGGAGAAUUAUUUGCUGUUGGAUCCUUUCACACUUUACGCUUGUGUGAUAAGACUGGGUGGUCAUAUGCAUUAGAGAAACCCAACACAGGCAGCCUAUUUAAUAUCGCAUGGUCAAUUGAUGGCACCCAGAUCGCAGGUGCUUGUGGAAAUGGACAAGUUGUUUUUGCACAUGUGGUGGAGCAGCAUUGGGAGUGGAAAAAUUUUCAAGUAACAUUAACUAAAAGAAGGACCAUGCAGGUUCGUAACGUUCUUAACGAUGCAGUGGACUUGCUGGAAUUCCGUGACAGAGUCAUUAAAGCAUCUUUGAACUACGCACACUUAGUUGUUUCAACAUCUCUUCAAUGUUACGUGUUCUCUACAAAGAACUGGAAUACACCACUUAUAUUUGAUCUCAAAGAAGGGACUGUUAGUUUAAUUCUGCAAGCAGAAAGACAUUUUCUUCUUGUAGAUGGUAGUGGUAUCUAUUUAUAUUCUUAUGAAGGGCGUUUCAUUUCUUCUCCAAAAUUUCCUGGUAUGAGAACAGAUAUUUUGAAUGCACAAACUGUGUCUCUGAGUAACGAUACCAUAGCAAUAAAAGAUAAAGCUGAUGAAAAAAUAAUCUUCCUCUUUGAGGCAUCAACUGGAAAACCAUUAGGUGAUGGAAAACUUCUUUCUCAUAAGAAUGAAAUUUUGGAAAUCGCACUGGAUCAAAAAGGACUUACCAAUGAUAGAAAAAUUGCUUUUAUUGAUAAAAAUAGAGAUCUCUAUAUCACCUCAGUAAAACGGUUUGGGAAGGAAGAACAGAUUAUCAAACUUGGAACAAUGGUGCAUACCUUGGCAUGGAGUGACACAUGUAAUAUACUUUGUGGACUUCAGGAUACUCGAUUCACAGUGUGGUAUUACCCCAACACGGUUUAUGUGGACAGAGACAUUUUGCCUAAAACACUAUAUGAGAGGGAUGCAAGUGAAUUUAGUAAAAAUCCUCAUAUUGUGAGUUUUGUUGGAAAUCAAGUAACUAUCAGGAGAUCUGAUGGCUCACUGGUUCACAUCAGCAUAUCACCAUACCCUGCUAUUCUCCAUGAGUAUGUGAGCAGUUCAAAAUGGGAAGAUGCUGUGAGACUUUGUCGCUUUGUCAAGGAGCAGACCAUGUGGGCUUGCCUAGCUGCUAUGGCAGUUGCUAAUCGAGAUAUGACUACUGCAGAAAUAGCCUACGCAGCAAUUGGUGAAAUUGAUAAAGUUCGGUACAUCAAUUCUAUAAAAGAUCUUCCAUCUAAAGAAUCGAAAAUGGCCCACAUAUUAAUGUUUAGUGGGAACAUACAUGAGGCUGAAAUAGUACUUCUUCAGGCUGGCCUUGUUUAUCAAGCAAUUCAAAUAAAUAUUAAUCUCUACAACUGGGAAAGGGCUCUUGAAUUGGCUGUAAAAUAUAAAACACAUGUUGAUACAGUUCUUGCUUACCGUCAAAAGUUUUUGGAGACAUUUGGUAAACAAGAAACUAAUAAACGAUAUUUGCAGUAUGCAGAAGGUCUCCAAAUAGAUUGGGAGAAAAUCAAAGCCAAAAUUGAGAUGGAAAUUACUAAGGAACGAGAGCGAUCAUCAAGCAGUCAAUCCAGCAAGAGUACUGGUCUGAAGUACUAAAUGUCGUACUCACAUUUCACCUUAUCUUUUGAGGCUAAUUCUGAUUAGUUAAGGAUAAGCAUGCUUUUGUUCCUAAGGAAAAAGGUAGAAUCUUUAAAGUAGAGGCAUUGCCAUGCAUUUAAUACAUUCAGAAAGAUUGAGCACAAAAUAAUUGAUAUAAUUUCAUUUUUUAUAUUUUUCUAGUUAAAUUCUUCGUAUAUAUUUAUGAUACUCCUCCAUAGUGUUGCUUACGUUACAGUUUUGUGUAUAUUACUUUAUCCCUGAAUCUUUAGCACAGAUUUAAAUCUGAUAAUAAACUAUUGAACUCAUCAAAAUAUAUACUAUCAUUAAUUUCUAUUUGAGCUCUAAAUCAAAAAUGACUGAAAAGUUUAAACCACAAAACUACAGGAGAAUGAAUUUAUGAAAAUGUGUAUCCAUGAAUAUACCUGUAUAACAAUGUUUAUAGUAAAUAUCAUUGUUCACAUUAGCAAAAAAGUGGAUAUAAAUGUUCAUCAACAAUAGGGUGGGUAAGCAAAAUGUGGAACAUACAUACAGUAGAAUAUUAUCAGCCUUAAAAAGAAAAAUACUACUAUUAGCAUGGAUGAACCUUGAAGAUAAUAUGCUGAGCAAAAUAAUCUGUAUACAGAAGUUCAGUACUAUAGGAUUCCAUUUAUAUGAGAGCUCUAGAGUAUGCAAAUUCACUGAAACAAAGAGAACAGUGAUUACCAAGGACUUCAGGGAGGCGAAAAUAAGAUUAUUAAUGUCUGUUUGUGUUGAACAAGUUCUAGGAAUUGUGAUAGUUAUACAACAUUGUGAAUAUAUUUGAUGCCACUGAAUUGCACAGUUAAAAUGUUAACAAUGUAUACUUUGCCAUGUUUUUAAAAAUAUUUCUUUGCCAAGAAAUAUUUUUCUCAUUCAUCUGUCACUCAAUGUAGUAGAACCUGGAGUCUGAGUUUCUGAAAAUCUCUUUAAAUGAUCAAUCUGAUGACUAGCCUGAAUUCAUUGUGUCUCAAAAUUAUUACCACAAAGUCUGUUUAAAAUUAACAUAAAUAUAAUCCUUAAAAAGUUGUCUAUGAGCCCAUUGUUAGAAAUGGCAGAUUAAAAUGGAUGGCUACAUACUUAUGCAUGGGAAAAGGACUACUCUCUAAAUCCCAUGCUCAUUAGUAUGUCUAGGUUUCUUUUAUAAAAAUGUCCCAUUCUUUUCAAAUGGAAUGUUGGAAUAUUCUGUUCACAAUACAGAUGCAGGCCACAGGAUAUGUUCAGUUUGUGAAAUAUGAUUGAGCAAUUACUUGCAAGUUGUAUUUGUAAGUCCAUUUGUAUAUGUUUUCUAUCUUAUAUUUCAGUAAAAA